GAUGGAGGGUGUUCUGGGUGUUACGCUGCGUCUGUGUGUGUGCAAACUGAUGAGCAGCAUGCUGUUGUGUUCGUCUGUAAUCACACACACCAUCACUGCGGUCAGUCUGUGCUGCAGCUGCCUGCUGUUAUUUACAGACCUCGCUGUCACUGUCUUUUUGCUCUACGUCUGGUUCAUGGAGUCCUGGUUGACGCCUUUUAACGCGUCUUCGGAUGUCAUCGCCCUUCGAUUUCUGCUCUUCCUUUGCAAGGCCUAUGGAGUUGUGUUGCUGCUGAUGCCGCCUUUGAUUGCUGUGGAGUUGUUGGUUGAUCUGCUGUGUCCUCAAGGCAGGCGAACAAAGGGACGAGAUGCAAGUGAAUCCCUCUCUAGUACAGUUGGCUACUUGGGAUGUUUUCUAGCAUGGAGCAUGAGCGGGAUCUACAGCAGCCACGACUGGAUGCUGGAGCAGAUCUCAGUGGAAACCUGUCAAGGAAAAGGUGGCCAUCUUCUCACCUGCCUUCCCUGUGCUGAUGAGUUUUCCUGGGUUCUUCCUUCUAUGGUGGUCCUGUUGAGCUUGACGGGGAGUCUGCGUCUGUUCAGGACAAAGGUGUCCCGACGACUGCCUGACUCAUCUAAAACCACACAGAUGGGCGAGAAAAAGGACUAUUUGGGCCCUGGGUUAAUGCAUAUGUCACAAACUCUGGUUGACUCAGAAAAAACACCCAACAGCUGUGGCGUUCACACGGCUGGGUUUGAGAACAGUGAGCCACGACGGAUCUGUCCUGGGAAUGGUGUACUGUGCACUCAACAAACCGGUUUGGCAGACAAUAUCGAGAAACAAAAGCAAUCAUCCAGCCUUGCAACAUUUGCACAGUCCAAAACCGGUCUUCCUCUGGAAGUCACAUCCUUGGCGGUCUUUAACAGGACAGACGCAAAGUCUCAAAGCAGACGCUGUUGGUUUCCCAAAAGGGAAAGUCCCUGCUCAGGGCGAGAAAUCUUCACAGGGUUGGUAUGCGUGGCUCUGGUUUGUGUUUUUCCCACAGUCGUCAGCGGUAAUAUUCUCCUAAUCUUUAACCUGGAGAAUCUGGUGGUGUACAACUUGAAACUCUUAUCUCUAUCGGUCAACAGAGUACCGGAUCUGUAAGUGCUGAAGGUGCAGAUGUGGGUAUAAACCAAUACAAAUCUGUAUAUU